CUGUCAGCCAAUUUACGGCUGUGAGCAGAUACAGGGCCCCUUACAGAUGCUGGCGAAAUGUUUACUUUUAAAUACGUGACUUUUAUGUCAAGCCACAGUUUAACAAGCCUUUUCGAGUAACUCAAGGCUGGGCAGAGGGUUUUACGGACGGGGGGAAAAAAAAAAUUACAAAACAAAACAAAGAUGGCUGUGUAGCCAGAAAAGAAACAAAACUCCCUGUAGCUUUAAUCAUCGACACUUCCCGUGGGUCCUCUUGGACAGUGAGCCGGUACCGGAGCGGGGGAGCAGCCGAACUGGGCCGCCGGUGCACGUCGGUACCUGCUGUCGUUGCGAAUAACGGCGUCGAGAGUGCAGCUGAGUAGUUUUUGUUCCGACUGGGCUCAGAGAGAAGGACCGCUGCUGUUUGUGGCAACGUAGCUAGUCCGCUAGCCUCACUGUAAGUCGGCUGAACUAGUCAGCGUUUACUGUUUGUUAGCGGUUAGCAUCUUGCGCACGGUCUAGUUUUUACACGGCAAUCUGCUUGUGGGAAUAUAUUUAUUAUUUGGGGUUGUUUUUUUUAAUGGUAAGUUAGCCUUUCCUUCCCGACAGCCUGCUUCCUGAAGUGUUAGCUUAGCUCCCGCUAGCUCGCCGUGUCAGCUGACCGUUAGAGCUCGACAGGUUGCCACCCCGAGCUAACUGCUAACAGUUCGGGCUCGACCCGGUCGGGGCGAGUCGCUUAAAGAAAAGACUAUUUUUCUACACGACAUGUCUUCGCUGGAAGAGAGGGACGUGGGCGUUGCGGCUGCCCCAGGCUCCUCCUCGGCCGGCCUGGGGGUCGGAGCCGUGGGGGCAGCGGCGGAGGCUGUGGCCGCGGCCAUGCAGGAGGACGUCGGGAUCCGGCGAGGAGAGGGGCCCGAGGCUGACCCGGACGAGCCGCCCAAGAAGAGGGUGAAAAUACCCGAGGGGGAGUCAGGAAAGCUGGAGGAGAGGCUGUACUCAGUGCUGUGCUGCACCGUGUGCCUAGACUUACCCAAGGCGUCUGUGUACCAGUGUACCAAUGGACACCUGAUGUGUGCCGGCUGUUUUAUCCACCUCCUGGCUGAUUCCAGACUUAAGGAAGAACAGGCCACAUGUCCCAACUGCAGGUGUGAGAUCAGCAAGAACUUGUGCUGCAGGAAUCUGGCGGUGGAGAAGGCCGUCAGCGAGCUGCCGACAGAAUGCACCUUCUGCCUAAAACAGUUCCCCCGCUCCAGCCUGGAGAGGCACCAGAAGGAGGAGUGCCAAGACAGGGUGACGCAGUGCAAGUACAAGAGGAUCGGCUGCCCCUGGCAAGGUCCGUUUCACGAGCUGCCGGCACACGAAAGUGAGUGCUCCCACCCAACUAAGACUGGUACAGAGCUGAUGGGCAUACUGGGAGAGAUGGAUCAGAGUCACCGCAGAGACAUGCAGCUCUACAACAGCAUCUUUAGCCUGCUGUGCUAUGAAAAGAUUGGGUUCACAGAGGUGCAGUUCAGGCCGUACCGCACCGACGACUUCAUCACCCGCCUGUACUACGAAACGCCACGUUUCACGGUCCUCAACCAGACAUGGGUGCUGAAGGCCCGCGUCAACGACUUCGAGCGCAACCCCAACCUCUCCUGCAAACGCACGCUCUCUUUCCAGCUCAUCCUCAAGAGCAAGGUGAACUCCACCCUGGAGUGCUCCUUCCUGCUGCUGAAGGGUCCGUACGACGACGUGCGGAUCAAGCCGGUCAUCUACCACCACUCCUUCAGCAACGACGCCAACGAGACCGACUACGUCCCGCUGCCCAUCUCCGACUCGGUGGAGUGCAACAAGCUGCUGGCCGCCAAGAACAUCAACCUGCGCCUGUUCAUCUUCCAAGUCCAAAAAUAAAGACCUCGAGGAGAGGAGGAGGAGGCCGAGAGUCGAAGAGGGUGAUUGAAGACGAGGAUUAAAGAGACUGAACCAUUGAUACCUCUUAACAUCCACACACACACACACACACACACACACACACAUACUGAUUACACUUACCUCCUUUUACAAGAUAGUGAGCAUCCUCGCUCAGGAAAGCUGUGAGUUGCUAUGGAGAUGAGAUGAUGGAGGGGUGGGGUGAAACGUGUAGUUGAGGAGAGGCGGUAGUUGUGGUUUGUGACGACCUUUCACCUUGGGACACCUGGAGUCAAGGUUACACACGUACACACACACACACACACCGACCAAAGCAGGGUUUGCUGCGUGUGCUUGUUUUUGUGUGUCCGUGGAGCAGAGCGGAGGCGACGGCCCCCACAGGGUGCGACUCGAGCUCUGCCCGCAUGUCGAGCUGACCCGACGACACGAGACAAUGUCCCGGACUCUACUGAGCCGCUCUUUGGGUCCACGAGUGCCCCGCUGUCCUCAACGCCGUCCUGGUUCCACAAAAAAACAAACGUUUUACGUCUUAGUUUGCCAGAAAAAAGAUAAAAAAACAGCCCCCCCCCCGCACACUUCUUUCUUCAAGAGAGCCGACUUGGCUGAGUGGAUAUUUUAGUUCUUCAACCUUUCCCUCCAGCUGUGGUUUUAUUUAACCUUUGACCCCCCAACAGCUUUUUAUGUCUCAGCCCCAAAUAUUCAAGUACUUGUGAACAUUUUAUUUUUAUUUUACUUGAGUUUUAGUGUGAGGUUGGAUGCCUGUGUGUAAAUGUGUGUUAACAGAUCAACCAGCUGACACCAGAUGUUUACAUACACUCUACAAAAAGACAGAUGUUCUCGAUGUCUGACGUUCAGUCAAACUGAGCCUUUCCAGUUUUCAGUCAAACGCUCCCAAAUUUAUUCCAGUUGGUAAAUGUUUGAAUACUGAAAUAUUUUUACUACUUCCUUCAAAGUGACAGGUUAACAUAAAUGUAGUAUUUGGUAGCGCUGUCUUUAAACCGUACGACUUGGGUCAAAGGUCUCGUCGAGCUUCUUGUAGCUCGCCUCGCUCACAUGUUUCAGCUC